AUGAAGUUCUUCUCUGCUGCCCUCUUCGUCGCCAGCGCCGCUGCUGCUGCCGUUAAGAGAGAUGGUGCCUGGAACGACUGGUCCAGCACCUGUGUGCCCACCACCGAAUACGUGACUACCACUGAAUACUCGACGGCCUACUCGACUGCCUACUCGACUGUCUAUACCACCGCUUACUCCACCGUCUACUCCACUGCUUACUCCACUGCCUACUCCACGGUGUACAAGCCAACCACCACCACCGCCUACAGCACCGUCUAUUCCACUGCUACCGUGACUGAGACCAAGCCUGUCUACAGCACCAUCACUGUUCCCACUACGACCACUGCAUACAGCACCGUCUACAAGACCGAGACUGAAACCGCUACGGUCACCUACACUGCCGUGCCGGAAUCUGUCUACAUCACUGAGACCGUCACUGCUCCUUGCUCCCAGACCUGGGGUGACUGGAACCGAAAGUGA